AUUGUAAUGUAAAUACGAAAGGUUCCGAUGUAUUUAAGAUGGAGGGAAGCUUUUCUUUAAGGUAAACUGGGGAUAUUGUGAGUACCGAUCCAUCUCAAAGCAAAGGUGUACUACUAUUUUAUAAUGAUGGAUGAAUUUCUUCUGAAAUAUUCCUUUCAGAAUGAGUAAAUGACACGAAUGUUAAACAGAUGAGUUGAUAUCAGAAAUGCUACAGUGACCGCAUCCUCAAGAUGGGAAGAACAAGAUUAUCAGACACUUCCAGUGACUCGAGCAAGAAAAAAGAUAAGCAGGCAACUUCAUCUAAGUCUUGUCAAAAUGAUAAGGACAAUUCAGACUCUGAUUCUGCAGACGUGCAGCCCCAGGUCUACCCUGGUACCCAUUGGCCCCUUGACGCCACAUUGGAGUUGUACAUCAACUAUGAUGCAGUAAAAGAGAUCAGAGGGGUGAAGUCAGACUUCUACCCCAUGUUGUUCUACCUAACUAAGUGUGACUACAGCAGUGUGGCCAGAGUGGUGUCCAAACUACCGGUCAUUAUGGAUCACCUCCAGGCCAGGCUGGAUAAAGUAAAAGGUUUGACACAGACUUCAACUUCUGUGGAGGCGAAACCAGCACCACCAACGACAACACCUCUUAUUAGAGAUCUGAAGACUGCUAAGGAGGAGAUGCUGAAGCUCGUUUCCAAUAUGUGCUUGAGUCAGAAGGAUGCUGGUGAAUUAUUGGACUGGGUCAAAACCCUAGAGACAAAGAAGAAGGGAAGAACUGGAUACCAGUUGUGUGAACAAGAGGUGACUGAAGACCUUCCAAAGCCUGUCACCAGGACACAGUCAAAGACAGAAGACAAGUUGAGCUCCAGUAAGAUACAAACAAACUCUGAUAGUAAACCUGUUUCCACGAAUACUAAACCUGUUUCCACGAAUAGUAAAAGCGUUUCCACGAAUAGUAAACCCGUUUCCAUGAGGAAUCAAGCAAAAACUGACAGCAAGAGUGAUGCAAAAAAUACUGUUAAAUCACCCCAGAAAGAUGCAGUGCCUAUAGGUCGCAAAGUUAGACCUCCUACGGGGGAGGAGAUCUUUGCUAAUAUAAACAACAUGACUGUCGCACAAAUUUGCACCCAGGCUAAUAAUGCAAAUAGUAAACAAGUGAAGAAAAGCCUAAAAGACAAAACUGUGAUAACAACUUUAAGGAAACGAGGCAGACCCCCCAAGCGCAAGUUUUAUCAGGCAUCCGAUACUGAUUCCGAGACAGUGACAGUUUCUACGAAGCGUAAAUCAAAAUCCCGCCCCAGUAAAUCUGUUUCACCAGCAGCAUCUGAGUCAUCAUCCAGUCAACCCAUUUUAUCUUCGCCGACAAGCUCACCUCUCAAGUUCAGCCUCAGUAAAGGGGCAAAACAACAUGCUUCUGAUGUCAUUAAAGAUAUUCUGAACAAGCAACAACAGUCUUCUGAGGUAGGCAAGAGAGACAUAAUUGCAGGAGAUGAGUGGUCUCAAGGGACCCCACAGCCAGUCCGUAUCCCAACUCAACCUUUCCGCAAUAACUUUGGCCCAGUUCCUAUGUGUCUAUACAGAGUGCAGGCUGACACUGAUGUGCCCACUGAGAACGAUUCCCUUGACUUGAUCACGCCCAAAAUCGAAAUUGACAAUGCCGAGGAAGACGAGCCAUAUGGAAGAUGCGUUGUGAAAAUGGAAGUGGGAAAUUCUGAUGUAUCAAUGUUACAGUCGUCAUCCUCAGUAGAGUCAUCUGUAACAGCGUCUGGCUUGUCACAGAAGUUGGCGCCAAUCAUAAGGACUAUCUGCACUGGGCCGGUGUGUGGGGGAGACAACUGUGUAUACGAACAUUCAGUCAUUGUGCAGGAUUGUGACAGUCCUGAAAUGGAUUGUGUUGUGGAAUCAUUUGUUCAGGAAGCUAAAGAGGCAGAGCCAAUCAUCAUCAUUGACGACUGUUAAAAGUGAUUGUCAUACAUGUGCUACCAGCAAACCUAUUUCUUAAUGAUAUUGUGCAUGUGUGCAGAAAUUCUUCUUUAUUUAUUUUUUAGUGGGACCAUGUAUUAGAGUUACUGCAUUUGUAAAGGUUGUUCUAUCUAAAAAGUAGACUUGACUUAAAGGACAUCCAGUAAUAUCCAGCAAGAUGUCAUGGUCCCAGACUCCAAAAAGGCUGGUUUUUCUACUAUGUACAUUGUAUGUAAACUUUAUAGACACACUGCCAUAUUCAACCAAAGGUUCGGUCCCUUUAUAUAGAUAUUACUGAUUUCUACUCAUAUCAACAUGAAUUUUAUUUUCAAAAACAGUGUUCGAUCAUUUGUACCAGGAUGCUGAGAUUUGGCAUUGAGGUACUUAUACAAUUAACAUUCAUUUGAUGCAAUCAAAACAGGGAAAAAAUUCAACUUUUAUGUACAUUUUUCACCUGUUUGGAUUAUUGGAAUUUUUGCAAAAAAAAUUGGUGGUUUUUUUUAUACAUUGCUUCUCAAAGAAAUCGUCUUGUCAUGUUUUAGUUUUUAAGAGGAGUUUGAUGCUAUCCUUGGAUAUUUACGCAUACUUCAUGAUGUUACACACUUGCGAUUGGUGUAUUUGUUUCCAUACAAUAAAUGCCCUAAAAAUGGUCCAAUUUUAAUGAAAUUAGGUAUGUUCAUACAUAUUAUCAUGUUUCAGAAUGAGUUCGGUCGUUAGUGUGAUCUGUGCACAUUAAUGCCAAAAUCUCCAUGUUGCGUUGGAGUGAAAGUGUUCACUAUAACUUUCAAUACAUUUCUACUGAGAUGGUAUUCGGUGUGGAGCUUCCCAAGGCCUCCAGCAUUUUUGCACAGCAGAAACAGUGAUUUUUAACUGUUUUUAACUGUUUUUCGCACCCUUAUUUUAAAAUGUUCUUCAAAUGUUUCUCUAACAGUUCUUUGUACUUAAUACACGUUUCCUUUAAAGUGAAAAAUAAAGUUCCUCAAGAAAUGUAACCCUGCCAUCUCUGUCUUCCACCAUCGCAUCAGUGAAAGGCCAUUUUCAUCUUUUAGUCUGUUUAUAAGUUCAACAUCAUGGUUAGAGUUUGCAUUUAGUUCCAUACCUCCGAUACUAUAAGUCCCAUAGUAAUCUGAACUUUAACCCAUUCACCCCUGAAACUUCAUAAUGAACUCUUCCAACCUUUGAUUUGGAAAGGUUCAAAUGUGUCUUCAGGGGUAAAUGAGUUAAACAUAACUACACUCUAUGAGUACUACCCCAUGUUACAUGUAGGUCACCAUGACCUAUAUUUUCCACAUUAUCAAGGUUGGUUGGACUUCGUAUCUAGCUCUGUUUCUUUAUUUUUACUAGUCCUAUGAUUAUCAAACUUGAUAUGCAGAUACUUCUUGAUGACCAUGAAAUGUUCUGCUCCAACUACUGGUUUGCUAUACUUCUUUGGUUAAACUUUUCAUUUACUUUCAUUUUUUUUGUCAAAGCAAGAGUGGGGAUAUAUGUAUGUUUUAUGAACAUUUUACUAGUUAUGUCCAGAAUACUGAUACACAUGACUAUCUGGUUGAUUUUCACAAGCAAAUCUACAGCCCAAGUUUCCUCUGGCCCGACACCAGACCAAGUCAUUUUGACAUAUACAGUGGAUGUCAAAAUGUCUUAAGUUUGGUGUCAGGACCGGAGGAAACUCGGGCUAGCAAAACUAUUGAAAAGUACAGUUUACAUUGAAAUAAAUUAUGAAACUCCCACAGAAAUAUAUAUUUAUAAGAUAAUAAACUUGAGCUAGAGUGUACAUUACUAUACAGUUAUGACAAUACUAGGUCAUGUGAAUUUGCUGACCGUGUUGAAGUUUGACUUUUGGACAUCAUCAUGGUUUUGUGUUUGAAUGAUAUUCUUGGUAACUGCUUAUUCCUUUAAAAUCUACAUUGAAUGUGCUAGUUAAAGCUCCUGUGUUUUUUCUACUGAAAUUUUACAUUAACCUGUUCUUACGUGAUAUGGGAAAAUCUAGCAUUUUUUUUACUGAAAUUAUAAUUAGACAGAUAAUUCUCAUUUUUUCUUUAUUUGGGAAAUCACUGCAUUUUUUCUUAGGGGAAACAGCCUGUAUUCGGUUUUAAUACUAGGCAAAACAAAACUCCCUGUCACUAUUACUAUAGAACAAGUUCGUUUUUUACCAAAAUACAUGUUGGCUGCAUGCUGUCUAUUUUGAUAUGACCACCUGUAUGGGGCAAUGAAAAAGAGUUGCAUUUCCCUUCUUUUUGUUGUUUUCAAUGAAUUUAGUUUUAAUGUGAUUGUUGCAUGUAGUGUCUGUAUAUAUUAGUAUGAAAAGAUCAUUCCCAUUAUGAUAGCUAAUUAACAUGGAUCGACUACAUUUCCAUUUUUUACGCCCGUCAAAUUUGAUGAAAGUAUUAUGGUAUGGGGUUGUCAGGCUGGCGGGCGUAAACUUUUGUUUGUCAGGCA